AAGGCAUGCGUGUAGAUCGUUUUUGCGGGACCGCGGCAUGGCCAACCGUAUGACUAUGCUGACUACAGUAUAAAGAACCGCGGUGUUGUAGCACCCCCUCCUUGAUUGUCCCUAGGUACAUCUCAUAACUGGUCCGCUGCUCCAUGUAAAUAGGUUCAAAGUCGGAGCACAGGGCCGUGGGAACCAUGGCCGAACUUAAAGGAGCACCAGCAAACUGUCGUCCCCUAGAUGAACGCGCGCGGCCGUGGGGACUCAAAUGGAGGUCUUCUGUGUGGUUUAUAACAGCCGUUGUUGGUCUGGGGGUAGCGAGUGACCUACUCGUGUAUUCGUUGAUUGUACCCAUCAUUCCAUUCCAACUGGAAGAUCUUGGGUACACGGGAGUAUCAGGUCUUGUUGGAUGGUUGCUCUUUGCAUACUCCGCCGGGAUUGUCAUCUUCACACCCCCUAUCGCACAUCUGUCCGAAAAGUACAAUAAUCGCCAAGUACCAUUAUUGACCGGAUUGGUAUCCCUCAUAGGAGCGGAGAUCAUGUUUAUGUUGGCACCAGCCUACUGGCUCAUGGUCGUUGCUCGCCUAUUACAAGGCUUGAGCUCAACGGUCGUCUGGGUCGCUGGACUUGCGCUACUGUGUGACACUGUACCAGAAAGUUCUGUUGGGAGACAACUUGGCAUCGCCAUGAGUGGCUUGUCUAUUGGCUUCCUCGUCGGUCCGCCGGUAUCAGGAGCGUUGUACGACAGGUUCGGGUUCCAUGCCCCCUUCAUAUUCGGCAUCAUCGCCACGGCCAUCGACCUGGUCGGACGUCUCCUCAUCAUCGAGCGCAAACACGCCAUUCUGUGGGGUAUUGAUCCAGCUGCGCCUCGAAAGGCGGACUCAGAAGCGGUGGAAACAGAACCGAAGAAACGCCCUGAGCAAGACGCUAUAUCGGCCGCCCCAGAGAAAAAUACAGAGAAAACAGCCCGAGAGUUGACCGAGCCUGCGGAGACACAAAGUCCGGUCGCCGUCAAUGGCACUCAAUCCGAGCAGGCGGACACUGCAGGUAAUCCAUCCGACUACGCGACGCCAGGACCCAAAGUCCACCUCUCUCUGCUUGCUGUCAUGGGCAAGCUCAUGAAAUCCGUAAGAGCCGAUGCCGUGUUCGCUUGCACGUUGUUAUACGCAUGGAUCCUAGGCAGCCAAGAACCCGCACUUCCGCUUCAUCUACAAGGCGUGUGGAAUUUCAAUCCCUCAAAGGUUGGGCUGGUGUACAUCGCAGCGGUGGUACCGACGUUGUUCUCGUCUACCAUCACAGGUUACUUUGUCGACAAACUGGGGACCGGACCGAUCACAGUCGUAUCCCUAGCCUUCUCGCUGCCUUGGAUCCUGGUACUCAUCGUACAAUCGUCGCUUCCCUUGUUCAUCGUCGUCUUCGCACUAGCCAACUUCGGUGUAUCCGGGACAGUAUCACCAUUGACGGCCGAGCUAGCUUCGGUGACACGACAGUUGGAUGGAGUCGGCUAUGCACACGUAUAUGGCGCGUUCAAUAUCGCAUAUGGCAUCGGCUCCGCAGUCGGCCCUAUCAUCGGUGGUCAAUUAUACGACCAUCUCACGCGAGGCUGGAUGGCGAUCUGCCUGUUCGGUGCCGGGUCUGCACUCGUUGCAAUGAUCCUAGCCAUAACAUCUUUCGGCGAAGUCAGUUUUCUGGCACGCAUCCGAAAACGCAUGAACCGCCACACUCGGGCUGCGCACACGACCGAGGCCUAGAGGCCAGCGGGCUUACAGCGCAUGUCAGAGACUUCGACGACCAGUCAAUCACCACUCCAGCUGUACGACAAUAAAUGCAUGUUUCAGCUAGAAUAAUCUC